AUGAAGUCUCUAUUUAAACCCAAGUCUAAUUCUUCAACAGCCGCUACAACUGCUACAACUGCUACAACUGCUACUGCUGCUACUGCUGCUAUUGCUACUGCAUCCACUGAUUUGACAUCGCUAUAUCCAUCUAUUUCAUCUACUUCCUCAACAUCAGUUAUUGUCCAUUCUAACAAAUCGCAUGCAUCUUCAUCUUCAUCUACCAGCUAUAGUCACAACAACAAGAGGAAUCCCAGCUCAUCAACACAGCUAAGUCAACAUUGUUAUAUCAAAAAUGGCCAACUACAAAAGAGUAAUACUGGUAGUGAUGCUAAACAGAAUAAACCCAAGUUUCCAGUUCGUACUUCAUCUUUUUUGACUAAAUUGAAGUCUACCGCCAAGAGGAUCAGAUCAAACGACAGUGCAACAACAACAUCUUCAUCUUCAUGGUGUAAAAACUACAAUAACAACAAGGCAUCACGAGUUGAUAAACCUAAUGAACAAAGUCUAUCUGCCUUGUCUUCUAUUCCACCACAACCAUCAGCACAACCAGCCACCAAGACUACAUCUGAACCAACAGCCGCUACAGAAUCAACUUUUGAUAUUGACGACACAUCCUCGGCUGUAUCCUCAGCUCCAUCCUCAAUACUAUCUAAUUUGGAUCAAACAUCAUACGAUGCAUUCAUUAAAUCACAAAGUAAACAACAACAACAACAACAGCAGCAGCACCAUCAUACGUAUAACAUCUCCAGUAAAGAUGUGUAUGCAGGUGAUGAUGAUGACAUGGAGAGCAUAAUUUCGUUUGAUUCCAUGUUGGGUUCAAAUGAAAUUGAAUUGGAGGAUGAAGAUGUAACUUAUAUUACUCCAUUGAAUUAUAACUACAUGUAUGAUGGCAAUAACCACAAUCAAGAAAGUAACAUGCAUGAUUAUAAUUUUGAUUAUAAUUUUGAUUACAAUUAUGAUGAGGAACAACAAGAUAAUGAGGAAGAUUCAUUUGUUAAUGAUCGUGAAUUGGAACGAAGAGAACUCCGACUUGAAUUAUUAAAGAACUUUAGUUAG